AUCUACCAUAUCUUCUAAGUCUAUCACGGUACUGCAGUGUGGACCAGGGCUCCGCGGAGUCCGUCAGUGAUGGUGAAGUGGCUGUAUCUUUUUACCCUACUCUCGCUCGUGUAUGGACAAAACACGGGCUUGUAUGAAUUAAACAUCAUACAUUACAAUGACUUUCAUGCACACUUCGACGAGAUAAGUCCGACCGGAGGUAUCUGCAACCCAGAUGAGACUUGCAUCGGGGGCUUCGCGCGGCUGUACACCGCCGUUAAGCAGCUGCAGGAGGCGGAGCCCGAUUCGCUACUCCUGAAUGCAGGAGACACUUUCCAGGGCACCAUCUGGUAUAACUUCUUGCGAUGGAAUGUCACCCAACACUUCAUGAAUAUGCUCGACCAUGAUGCUCAUGUCCUUGGUAACCACGAGUUUGAUCACGGAGUAGAAGGUUUACUGCCAUAUCUCGAAAGACUAAACUCACCAAUGCUGGGUGCUAAUGUUAACACUACAUUUGAACCUGAAUUAGGGAAGUAUGUAAAGAAUCAUAUCGUGGUGGAGCGGAGGGGAAGGAAGAUUGGAAUCAUCGGCGUGUUAUUACGACAAUUUUCUGCGCCCAUAGGUAGAGUGAUAAUGGAGGACGAGCUGACAGCGGUGAACCGUGAAGCUGCCGAGCUGACCGCGCAGGGCGUUGACGUCAUAAUAUUGUUGUCUCACGUCGGAUAUGAAAGCGACCUAUUCUUGGCAGAGCGCGUAUCCCCAACAGUGGACAUUAUAGUAGGCGGACAUUCCCACUCUUUGCUGUAUAACGGCGAAGCUCCUGAUGGCACGCGGCCGAUGGGGGAAUACCCCACUGUUGUAAAGAGAACUGAUGGUCAUAGAAUCCUCGUAGUACAAGCACAUUGCUAUACGCGAUAUCUGGGCAACAUAAAGUUAUUUAUUAAUAACGAAGGCAUCAUAGAAAGAUGGGAAGGUCAGCCCGUCUUCUUGGGUUCCUCUAUUGUUCAAGAUCCUCUGAUGCUGGAGGAGUUGGAGCCAUGGCGAGAGGUGGUAGACGCGGUGGGCAAGGAAGUGUUAGGCAGGACGCAUGUUACACUCACGAGGUCCUGCUACAGUGCGGAGUGCAACCUCGGCAACUGGGCAUGUGACGGACUGCUAGAACAGGUAAUGGAUCGAGCGAAAAGUGGCGCUUGGAACGAGGCACAUGUUUGUAUGGCCAAUGCAGGAGGACUAAGAAUGCAGAUUAAUCCUGGAGAAGUAACAACUGAAGCGCUGCUGAUGGCGAUACCGUUUGAGAACUACGUACAGGUGUACGAUCUGAAGGGUCAAUACUUGCUGGAUGCUCUGGAGUUCUCUGUCGGCACUGCGCAGACGCCUGGCUCUUUUUACAGCCGUAGAAUGUUGCAAGUCGCUGGUAUGCGUGUAGUAUACAACGCGUCAUCGGAGGCGGGUUCUCGAGUGAAAUCCGCGCACAUCCGCUGUAUAGAGUGCGACAUACCGCGUUAUCUGCCGCUAGACGUCAACAAGACGUACCGCGUGUUGACACAGAGUUACAUAGGAGAUGGCGGCGGCGGGUACACGAUGUUGUCAGAGAACAGAGAGAACGUGGAGAACUUGGAGGUGGACUAUGUGAUGCUGCAGAGGCAUAUGAGGAAGCAGCGUGACGUCAUACAGGACCACGAUGGCAGGAUACAGGUCGUGUUUUAAUAUACUGAGAGUUUCAACUGCUGAAACACCUGAACAAAAACAU